UAAUAAAGUAAAAGAUAUGAACUACAUGUCAACUUUAUGCUAAUUGAGUAAACCAAAGUGAAAGUGAUUAUGACAUGUUUUUAGUUCAUUCAAAUAGAAUAGCAUUAGAAAGUAUAAAAUGAUCAAAAAGUCCUAAGUAAGUAAAUUUAACCCUGGGAGAGUGAUUUCUUUAUUGUUUACAUGUCCGAAAUGAAAGGCCCACUUAUCCAUGGAAAAGCAAGAAAGUCCUUCCGGUCCAAACGACUGCUUUGUAUUACUUGCAUACGAAGCCUCCAUUAUCACCACAAACUUCCAACCCUUCCAUGGCGUCUCUUAACACCAAUCAAACCUUCCAUUUUCAGAUAACAUUCACUUCUCCCAUUUCUCUCUAACUUCCUCUAACAAUGCUACUUCCGGCCAUCACCUCCGCCCCUUUUUCCUCCUCACUUCGUCUCACUAACCCCAUCUCCCCCCAUCCACGUUACGUCGCCGUCUCCAUCUCUGCCCAAGCCUCGCCGGCGAAUUCUAGCUACAGCGUCUCCGACAAGGACCUCGAAUCCCGCGGCUUCGUGCUUCACCGCACCGUCUCCGACCUCAACCUCGACCACCUGAACUCGGUCUUUGCCGCCGUAGGAUUCCCCAAACGCGAUCCAGACAAGAUCAGGGUCGCGUUGGAGAACACCGACGCCUUGCUGUGGAUCCAAUACGGUAAAACACAACGACCGGUGGCGUUCGCUAGGGCUACAGGCGACGGUGUGUUCAACGCGAUUAUAUGGGAUGUGGUGGUGGAUCCUUCCUUCCAAGGGCUUGGUCUGGGAAAAGCCGUGAUCGAGAGGAUUAUCGAAGACCUUCGUCGUAAAGGCAUUUCCAAUAUCGCAUUGUAUUCAGAGCCUCGUGUUCUAGGGUUCUACAGACCUCUAGGGUUCGUCGCGGAUCCGGAUGGAAUCCGUGGAAUGGUGUAUUCGAGAAAGAAAAAGAAAAACUAAUUACAGAAUGUUGAAUCCAGAUCGUUUUCUCGCCA